UAUAUAUUUAAAUCGACAGAGCGACAGCGCCAUCGUUGGCAAUCGUUGGCGCUACAAAAUCAUAUAAAAUAUUUUUGGCAGCUAACUUUGUUGCAUAUGUUUUAAUCAAAAUUUUCAUCAAUAAUGGUUUAUUAUUUCACAAGUGAAGUGGUACAACCACCCAUUACGUUGUUUAUGGGAGUUGAUAAAUAUGAGAAUGAAGACCUUAUCAAAUGGGGCUGGCCAGAAGACGUAUGGUUUCAUGUUGAUAAAUAUUCCUCUGCUCAUGUAUAUCUUCGACUUCGACAUGGUCAAACAAUAGAUGACAUUCCCAGCACCGUGUUGGAAGAUGCCGCACAAUUGGUAAAAGCAAACAGCAUUGAAGGAAACAAAAUGAAUGAUAUUGAUGUAGUGUAUACAAUGUGGUCAAACUUGAAAAAAACACAAGGUAUGGAGGUUGGUCAAGUUGGUUUCCACAAAGACAAGGAUGUUCGUAAGAUUCAUGUUGCCAAGCGAAUAAAUGCCAUUGUAAAUCGGCUUAACAAGACGAAACGUUCCGAACAAGUAAACUUUAGAGCUGAGAGAGAACAGAGAGAUAUGAAUGAACGAGAAGACAAGAAAAAACUCUUAAGAGAACAGAAAGAAAGGGAAAAGGCAGAAGAAAAACGCCGUCAAGAAGAAGCAGAGAUGAGGAGUUAUAAUUCUCUAUUUAAUACAUCUAAUAUGACUUCAAACACAGAGAAUAGUGGAUAUGAUUCGGAUGAUUUCAUGUGAUGAAACUAAUAUUAUUAUUUGUAAUAUGUGCCUGAUCUUUCACCAUCUCCAGCAAAAAAUGUGCAA